ACUAGUUCACGAGCCUGUCCAGCACCCACAACGAACCAGCACUUGCUGUAUUGACCUUUUAUAGUUUUUAUCAGUCAAUGGAAGUCACCGUGGAUGUUCGCCGGAGCUCGCACCAGCGAGCGGCGGACGACAACCAGCGCAUCGUCCACCGGCCGCCGCUGCACCACCCCUCUGUCUGGGGAGACUUCUUCCUCGGUUUCAGGCCAUGGACUCCAACGCAGUGUGCUUCCAUGAAGGAGGCCGAAGCCAAGAAGGAGGAGGUCAGAAAGACGAUACGAGAUUCAGCUGCUGAUGAUCUGCCUCUGAAGCUCGAGCUCAUCGACUCGCUGCAACGGCUUGGUCUGGACUACCACUACACAAAGGAGAUCGACGAUCUCCUGCUCGGGAUUCACGGCGGCGACGACCGCGAAGGCCGGGAUCUCCACACGACGGCUCUUCGGUUUUACCUUCUCAGGAAGAACGGCUUCCAUGUUCCACCAGAUGUGUUCGAAAAGUUCAGAGACGCUGGAGGAAACAUUGCUUGCAACGGCGACAUAAAAAGCCUAUUGGCCGUGUACAAUGCCGCCCAUGUUCGAACCCGUGGGGAAGAGACCCUUGACAGGGCGAUCGUUUCCACAGGAGAACUUCUUCAGCUCACCUUGGAGGAUCAACCAUCGUUGUGCCCGUCGAUAUUGUUCGAUCAAGUGCGACACACUUUGGAAACGCCUCUCUUCAGGAGGCCCAAGAGAGUCGAAGCGAGGCGCUACAUCUCGGUUUAUAAGAAAAUGAGCACGAGGAAUGAGGCCAUCUUGGAGCUAGCAAAGAUGGAUUUCAGGAUACUGCAGAGUCUCUACUGCGAGGAGCUCAAGGCUCUUACAGUGUGGUGGAAAGACCUCCAACUCCAAGAUCAUUUGAGCUUCGCAAGAGACAGGAUGGUGGAGAUGCACUUCUGGAUGCUCGGAGUUCUAUUUGAGCCACAACAUUCAUACGGACGAAUCAUGCUCACAAAGCUCUUCACAUUUGUGUCGAUAUUCGACGACAUCUACGACAGCUACAGCACCUUAGAAGAAAGCAAGCUGCUCACCAGAGCAAUGGAAAGAUGGGAUGAAGAAGCCGCUGAGCAACUCCCAGGAUACAUGAAGUUCUUUUACAGCAAAGUCCUCGCCACCGUAAAUGCCAUCGAACAAGACCUGAAACUCCAAGGAAGAAAGCAUGCCCACUACGUGAAAAAACUUUUAAUCGAUGCUACGAGAUGCUAUUACAAGGAGGCCGAGUGGCGUGAGGAAGGUUGCGCGCCGGCCACCGUGGAGGAACACUUGCUAUUCUCGGUGCCCAGCAGCUGCUGCAUGCACGUGCCAUGCCUCGCCUUCGUCUCCAUGGGAGCCAGCAGCGACGCCAUUGACUGGGCCAUGGCAUAUCCCAAGAUUAUAAGAGCUUCCUGCGUUGUCGGGCGCGUCAUCAACGACAUAGCCUCACACGAGCGAGAACGAGACCAGCAGCAGCGUGUGACAUCAACGGUGGAAGCGUGCAUGGAGGAGAACAAGUACAUUGCCAAGGAAGAUGCCUACCGGAAGCUGAGGGAGCUCAUCGAGGAAUCGUGGAUGGACAUCUCCAAGGAGCGGUGCCGCCGCCUCAUGCCGGCAGCGCCACUCCUGGAGACGGUGGUGGACGCAACUCGCAUGCUGGACUUCCUGUACAAAGACCACGCCGACUCCUACACUCUUGCACACUCGCUCAAGGAGAUAGUAGAUUCCAUAUAUGUUGAUCCUAUAUAGGCUAGCAAAAUACAUGUGCGUUGCUACCGGCUAAAAUAAAUACAUACACUACAUAAUUUAUGAGAUUGUUGUACGAUCAUCGACUUUA